AUGGACAGAUCAGACCCCAACUUCAAGUCGCUGUCAGUAAAAUGCCGAGAAGAUGUCGAGAAAGACCACGAAGAGUUCGCCAGUUCUCGCUUUCUGAGCGCCGCGAAUCAAGGUAGAAACCUGAAAAGGGUGGCAAGGGACAUUCAAGAAUACAAGUCCUUCAUCCCCUGCCUCAAAUUCCCGACGACCGGCGAAAGAAUCACUUCAAGGACAAAGAUGGAGCAGGAGAUCCAGCAGGUCUACCGGAAACAAUUCAGUAGUCAGCGGCCCCCUCCCGUACUCACAGUAUCCAUCACAACAGAAACACCACCACCGUUUCUCCUCGAAGAAGUCCGUGCUGCUAUCCACUCAUUUCCGAGCGGGAAAGCAGUGGGCGAUGACAAAAUCACGGCAGACCUUCUCAAAAGUUGUCACGAUAAUGUUAUCUCCCUCAUAACGGUCAGAUUCUAAGAAUAUCUCAGAAGCGGAAGAGUCCCAAAACAAUGGAAAACAUCUAACACCACCCUGAUCUUCAAAAAAGGAGACAGGGAAAAUUUGGAGAACUAUAAGCCGAUCUGCCUCCUCCCCGUCCUAUAUAAAGCAUUCUCCAAAUGUGUGCUCAAUAGGAUUCGGAGGACGCUAGAAGAAGCCCAACCAGUCGAGCAAGCUGGAUUCCGUCGCUCCUUCUCUAUUUCAGGGGCACCGAACAGAAAUGGCGCUCUGUUGAGAAACUCUUUUUGCAGUGCAAAUUGAGCGACCUCGGGGCCGAGUUUGAAAAGUUAGGCCGCAUUUUCAGUGGAAAAUUACUUCGCGGCCUAGAAAUUCGGCCAGAUUGCGAACAGCGCGCCCUUUCUGUCCGGUGCCCCUAUAAUACGAUCGACCACAUCCACUCAGUCCAGCGACUACUCGAGGCUGGUCGCGAGUACCAGAUCCCACUCACACUUGUCUUCAUAGACUUCCACAAGGCAUUCGACAGUGUUGAGCCAGGAGCUAUCUGGGAAAGUCUCCGAAGGCAAGGGAUAGAUUCGGCCUACAUCAACCUACUCAAAGAGUACGGUCCUAUACCAACUGCAACACAACAUUCACACCCUUCCACCGACCUGUGACGGUCCCAAUCACGAGAGGAGUGCGGCAAGGCGAUCCUAUCUCGCCAAACUUGUUCUCGGUCUGCCUAGAACUAGUCUUCAGCCAAAUGUCCUGGAACCAUCUGAAAGGACACGACGAGGACCACGCGACAAACCCUGGAAUCAGAAUCAACGGCAGAAAUCUAACGCAUCUAAGAUUUGCAGAUGAUAUUGUCCUAGCGGCAAAUCAUCCAAAUACUGCCAGCGAGAUGAUCCAGGAACUAGUGGAAAGGUGUGCAAAAGUAGGUCUCCAAAUCAAUACUAACAAAACCAAAGUGUUGCGAAACACAUUUGCCACCGACCAUCCGGUCUGCAUCAAAAGUGGCGCAACCACCACCACCGCCAUCGAGGAUGUCAACGAGUACAUCUACUUAGGUAGACUACUCAACGCACGGAACGAAUUGGAGCCGGAGCUCCAUAGAAGACGACGAGCAGCAUGGGCGGCAUUCAACGGAAUCAAGAACACCACGGAUGCCCUCACCUGCCCCAAAAUCCGUGCCAGACUCUUCGACUCGAUCGUCCGCCCGGCGCUCGCAUACGGCUCAGAAACCUGGACCUUUACGAAGGCACUGGAUGAAAGAGUGCGAGUAAUCCACGCGUCAUUGGAAAGGAGACUCGUCGGACUGUCGCUCUCCCAGCAAAGAGAGAGAGAAAUCUCCAUCGAGAAGACAUCCGACGCCUAUCCGGCGUCCGAGACCCUCUACUCCACGUCAAAAAGAGGAAGUUAGGCUGGGCCGGACACGUGGCACGAAGGACGGACAACCGGUGGACCACUCUGACGCAAGAAUGGAUCCCAAGAGACACAAAGCGACCGGUCGGCAGACCGCCCAUGAGAUGGAUCGACGCCCUCAAUAAAGAAGUCACCAUCCGACAAGGAAACCGAGUGGUACCAUGGAGCACCAUUGCCAAAGAUCGGAAUGCGUGGUAUGCUGUGAUCCGCGCCCACACAAUGUGAGCGAGGAACAGAUCGACUAAGUAAUUAAGUAAGUAAGUAAACAAUAAAUAUUUGUCAUUUUUGUAAAUCAGAGCAGAUGAAGGUGUCAUCAACAACCAGGAGAUUGGUUUUGGUUUAAUUCCACUUCAAGGUUUGAAGCUUUCCAGAAUCUUCAAGUUCCGCCAAGUGUAUUCCCAUUUGUAUUAUCCGUGAAUCCGUGAUCGCAGCUGAACAAACUCUCGUUGAAUUCGAAUCAGUGACAUCAGAACGAACAUCUGAACAGACACGCGACAAGUGUUAUUACCAGUCUACUUCUCGAUUUCUACACAAACACAAAAGGGGGUAACCUCAAAUAGAAAAUGUCAGAACCGAACUGUAUUUGCCGAAAAGCCUUGGGGGUGUGGGGAGGAGCAGUUAGGGGAAAAAGUUGCUUAAAUACCAGUUGAGUUGGCACCUUUUACGUUUGUGCCGGGCUUCAGAUAGGUUAUUCUUGUCUACGAUGCGUCUCGAUUUAGGUAUCGCAACUUGUAUUCUUGCCGCUUUGGUAAGCCUCGAAUUUUCAGUCUACUGUCUUUCCAGCAGAGUUUCAUUGUUUUAUCCUCAAAAGCUCUACGAUCAGCUGCCAUUCCAGCCAUAGAAUCUCUUUUUCAGACAGUGUCUGAAGGCGGAAGCCCGUACUACCGAACACAUUCGAACUACGGAUCGGCAGGCAGGGUUCGUCAUUCUCCAAACGAACCGAUCUAAUCCUCAAAAUUCCUUCUCCCAUUGUGUCAAUUUCAAAAUAACAAAAAAGUGGAAGUGACUCAUGAAAACAGUUUACAGAGAAAAGUGAGGCAAGUGCAAAGAGAUCUUUCGUAUCGAUGGCCAAACAAUACGGUGCCGUACUUCGUGGGCAAUGUGACAAGUAAGACGGUUUCCCGUCGAGUCGGCAGUGCUGAUCAGUGCUCUUUUUGCAGGCAACACCAAGAAAUCGGUGAGGAUGGCGAUCCAAGAGCUCACCGCGCGGACUUGCAUCCGAUUUAAGAGUGUUAACGAUGGAUACUCAGGUGGGUUCACAAUGUCAAUUUCUGCGAUCAAAUUGUACUCGAAUAGGCAAUCACAAGAAUCAAACGGAUCAUUGAGCGGUUUCUAAUCUAAAUAUACACUUUGUGUUUCCCGAAGAAGUCUGUCCGGCCAAACUUUGUUCCGCCGGUCGCUGUCCCUUUCUCUUUCUGAAACAGCUCGUGCUUUCAUCGCCGCCAUUCAUGUGAAACCGUGACAGCGGCAGAAAACUGUCCUAUCAGACACUUCCGAGAUCGUGAUUUCUCACAAUGUAAUGACGUUUUGAGAACAUUCUCUUUUGAAAAGACACCAUUGAACACUGGUGACGUCACAGAUCCUUGUGCUUUCUUUCACAGCUUCUUCUUUCCUCUCCUUCCACAAAAUGAAUCAUUUCGAAGUGUCACAAAAGAAGAAGCAAUUACAAUGAUUUUCAGCCGGCGACUCGGUGCGGAUCGCCGACAUGGGAUUGUGUUUUUCGGACGUCGGACGUCAACAAAUUGGCGUGCAAGACGUGUCACUGUCCGAAGACUGUUGGGGGGUCGGUGCGAAGUGCGAGGAGACCAUUGAACAUAUUUCCGUUUUCAGAUAGGCACGGCGAUCCACGAACUGAUGCAUGCACUCGGAAUAGAGCACACUCAAUCGAGAAGUGACAGAAAUAGUUAUGUGGAUAUUCUGGCGCAGAACAUUGAUGUGGGUCUUUGUGGAAGGGACGGAAGGGACGUGAAUCGUCUGAUUUCAGCAACAAGAACUUAUAAACUUCGCGUUGCUCUCUUCCCGUCUCUGGGCUAACCUCGUUCCAUACGAUUACGGCAGUGUCAUGCACUAUUCGACCGAUUCGUUUUCGAACAAAGACGAUGAGCAGACGAUCCUCCCGACAGAUCGGAAUUUCAUUGAAACGAUGGGAAGCCUGAUCCCGAAUUUCUACGAUUUCGACCAGAUCAACGAAUACUACCAGUGCUAUGAUUCGUGCAAAAACGCGGGUCAAGUUGCCAACUGUGCAAACGGAGGCAUUCCGAAUCCGAACAAUUGCCUGGUUUGCAACUGUCCAAUGGGAUACGGAGGAGACUUUUGUGACCAAAGAGUGAGUGAAUAAAAGGAUAAAUGAAAGAAAAGACCUCUGUUGUUUUGUAGCCAGAAGGGUGCGGAACGACACUUGUAGCCACGAGUAGGUGGCAGAAGCAGAAACUGACUGUGAAGUUCGACAAGAAAGACGAUGAGUACUUCACUUUCUGUAACUCUUGGAUUGUGGUGAGCAAAGCGUGGCACAUUGAAAUGAGCGAAUGUUUACAGGGUCCAACCAACAAAACGUUACAAGUGAUCUACGAGAUUACUUCUGAAUCCACACGCCGUGAAAUUUGCUCUUUCGGGUGCUACGAGGGAGGAAUCGAAGUGAAACAUCUGGAAGAUCCGAGGAUUACGAAUGACCGGGAUUGCUGCCUGGAUUCUCCGUUGAAUGUGACCACGACAGUCAACCCACUUCCAGUCAUUCUGUACACUGCCGCGACGACAGUCACUUACGAGUUCACCUUCCGAUAUCUCUAA